AUGGCGACCGCAAUGACACCCGGAGCAGCACAGGCAGCGCUUCAGGAAGUGUUCGGAUCCUUGGUUGCGGAGAACGGGCCGCUGAUGGACUUCGGAACGGGCUCCAACAUAGGCAAGCGCAACUCGGAGAAUCCACUGGGGCCCCUAACGAGCCGACCAGCCAAAACGGGCCGCCUCAACAACGGCCAAAAGGGCGGGCGCGGCAAAGGAGGGCGACCGUGGCAACAGCAGGGCAGACGCUUUGUUUCAGGGCCCAGCAACCAGCAGCCGCAGCAGCAGGAGGAGGUGAGCAUGGAAGACCUGUUGCGACUUCUAUCUUCGAUCAUCAUGCGACACGAAGACCAGCUGAAGAUUCUGAGACAAUCAACGGGUUGGGUGCUGUUCGCGAAAACAGCAUCUCCGUCCAUUGUACCGGGGAUCCUCAAGGCCUCCCUGAAGUGGAAGGACGACGUGGUCAAGCCGGACUGCAAGUUCGCACACGUGAGCUUGCGAGCAAUCCUCUUCUGGAAUCUGAUGGAGCAGAUGUUAACGGUGCUACAGGGUCUCACGCAGGAAACGAAGGCCAAGGCUGUGGAAGAGGGGUGGAUGAACAGUGCGGGUGCUUGGGUGUUUCAGGAGUGGUCGCACGAGAAGCACUGCCUGCAGAUCGACAGCUCCAGGGAUCCAACAACGACGGAGGAUCUCCUCAACAUCCUGCGCGAACUGAAGACGCUCGCGACCUCAGAGGUGAUCUCGGCGUUCUUUUCGAAUCGGCCGCUGACGGAACACAUGCAAGGACACAUGGUAGUGUUCCAGCUGGAUGUGUCGUUCAGAAAAGAGGUGGCGCAUCGCUUCUACGUGUUGCUGGAAGCUCUUCAAGGACAGGCCUCCCUUCAACUGUGCGGUGUCCAACUGCGCAAAGAGGGCUUCCGGAGAUCGCCGGCGGUGCAGAAGCUGGCAGAGAUGCUUCGUCAGCUGAUGUUCAACUUCGCUCUCCGCGGAUGGAGGUCACCGGCAAUACAACACGAUUGCGCAGAGUUCUUUUCACACAUCAUUGACCGCUUUGGCAUCACAGCAUUUGAAGGUGAGUGGGAAGCUCGUACAACAGUUGAGGACUCUCCGGGACAGUUUCGAUGUGAGCGCUCCGACACUGGUCAGUGCACGGAGGCGAUAUCAAUCGACCUACCUGCGGGGCGUGUGCAUACUGCUCAGUAUCUUCUACAUUGCUGGCACACGCAAGCUCACCCACAUGCCUUGAAGGUCGCACCGGCUCUUUUGCUGCUGCGCUUUUCUCGAUAUGUACAGGCGGGCCGAAGGAUCAGAAAAUGUGAUUGCAAGAUUACUUGGCCGCGACAACUUCACCUGCCACUUUUCAGGGGGAACGAUGAUCUUACAUCAGGCACGGUUGCCUACGAUGUGCUGGCCGCCAUCUCACAUCAUGGUCCCACCCUGAGUGCGGGCCACUAUACAACUUUGCUCCAUGCGGCAGGGGGCGAUCUUCAUUGCGAUGACAAUACCGCGCACAACGGAGUCCGGCCCUUUGGUGGUCGGGUGAAUGUGAACUUCUUCAUUUGGGGAUCCACAACUCUGCCAGCACAGGUCACUCCUGGGGUGACGAGAGUGACGGUCCAAUGGUUGUGGAAUGUUUUCUCAGGGAUAUCUGCUCUCAGUGCAAAAUCAGUGGAGCUUGCUAAUGCUUUCAGUGCGACCGUGCAUCAGCGUGACUCUUGA